GACUCAGAGUCUCUCACAGAGACUCUCAUGCACAGUCAGCUAGCAGGCUUAACACAGGAAAGGCGCAAAAGUGCAGGGGUUUAAAAGUCAAUUGUCUGACGAAAAGUUUUCCUGCUUGGCUUAAGUUCAUCAUGGCUGCAGCAAGCAUUGCUAGGCGGGCGACUAUGCUUGACUUUGCCUUUGAAGACUCCACUGUCUAUGGCCACUUGACUGACGAUGAGCUACUGCAGAUGGCAAUUGAACGCAGUCUGUCUGAAGACCAAAAAGGCCCCUCGGAAUAUGCUCAAGCAAGUUUCAUACCAGCAUCCGAGCCAUCCAAAGAGGAACACAUACCCACAGAAGCCAGACAAGAGUAUGCAGCCAGACAAAAUGCUGCCCUGCAAACACAGAGAGCUGCAGCCGCUGAGAACCCAGAAGCCAAUCCUUCCAGUCAUGCACCAUCCAUAAAGGCAGCUAUCUGGAAUGAUGAUGCCAAAACAUUAAAACAAAUUUUAAUGAAAGAACCUGCUGAGAGUCUGAACAAACCAAAUGAAGAGGGCUGGAUACACUUACAUGACGCUGCAUACUACAAUGCAGUGGAAUGUUUGAAGUUGCUUUUACAAGCCUUUCCUGAUCUAGUCAACAAACGCAAUGACAAGAACCAAACGCCUCUCCUUGUGGCUGUCGGUUAUAAGAACUUGGCCUGUGUUAAGGUUCUCAUUGACGCUGGUGGAGACCCUAACAUAGCAAACAGAGCAGGAGAGACAGCCGUCUACAAAGCUUGUGAGAAGGGCUCUGAAGAGAUACUUGAUGCUGUUCUAAAAGCUGGCGGGAACGCUACCAGGGCAAACAUUGAGAGAUUCACACCUUUACAUGAAGCAGCGGAUACCAAAAAUGUCAAUAUGGUUAAAAUGCUAGUGGAGGCUGGAGCAAAGACGUGCACUAAGGAUUGCAACGGCGUUGAGCCACUGUUCACAGCAGCUCAGUGUGGAGCCGUAGAGGUGCUGAACUACUUCAUCAAACUAGGUGAAAAUAUUAACACGCAGGCCAAUGAUGGGGCAACAGCUUUGUAUGAAGCGUCUAAGAAUGGCCACGAGGAGUGUGUAAAGAUACUGCUGUCUAAGGGAGCAGAUGUAAACCGAACAACCAUAUUAGGCUUAACUCCUCUACAUGCUGCUUCAAAGAAUGGACACGUGAAUGUGGUGUUGCUACUGCUUCCUCUGACCAACAAAGGGAUGAUAACGCGCAGUGGCAUCAGUCCACUGCAUCUCGCAGCCGAGAGCAACCAAGACCAGAUCCUAGAGAUUCUCAUCCAAGAAGGCUUUGGCGUCAACCUACAGCUAUCGACCGAAUACUCAAAUAUGUACGAGGACCGCCGUAGCACGGUACUGUACUUUGCAGUGAAGGCAGGCAACGUGGAGGCCGCCUCCAUGCUACUACAAGCCGGCGCAGACCCAAACCUGGACGUCUUCAACCCUGUCUUGGUCGCCGUGAGAAAAGGCAACAAAGAAAUGGUGUCUCUGCUGGUCGAGUAUGGUGCCAACGUGAACGCUUGCAUACCAACACAUCCAACCACCUUCCCAGCUGCCAUGCUCUUCUGCAUGAAGCACAGAAACAUGUUUAAGAUGCUGCUUGACAACGGGCUGGAUGCUGACGCCUGCUUCGACUGUGUCUAUGGGAACAACAGGCAUCCUCCAGUCAAGAUACACCGCUCUUCUGGGGACAAUCUGUACCUGCAUGGGCUGAUGGCCCCUCAUACGUCAACUGCACAGUUUUGUGAGGUGAUGGCGGAUCCUGUCAACUCACCUUGGGUGGGAACGAUACUCGAUAUGCUCUUAGAUUACACUGUCCACGUGAAACUCUGUUCAAGACUCUCAAACCUCCUGGACAACAACAGCAAAAGCCAGUCCAUCAAGGAUAAAGCAAAGCCACCAUUCCCUCUUCUACACCUGUGCCGUGUGAAUAUCCGCAAGCAAGUGGGACAUCAGCGAAUGAGACAAAUGACUUCUCUGCCUCUGCCCAAAUGUCUCAUCAGAUUCCUCGUUUACGACAACUCUGAGUCGGAGAAUUUGUCACAAUGUGGCUGUUAAUGAGCAUUUCCAACAGGGCAGUGCAGCAGCUUACUGUAGUUUGACUGUGUCAGUCAACGUACUAUGUUAAAGGGGCAUUCCUGCCAAAUUCAACAUGCGGUUGUAUUGCUCACGCUGCCCUUGACAUGUCAUGUCAGUACCCAAUGACAUGGGAUUUUAUUGUUCCUCCAGCCCAUUACAAGAUCUGAGCAUUUCGGUAACACUUUAUAAUUAUGUCUGCUUAGCAAAGACUUAGUAAAUAAUUAUUAAUGAUGAACAAAACAUUAACUAUUAUUAACUAAGUUUCUAUUAAUGCUUUCUAAAAUAUCUACAAACAUAUUCAAGAUUUUACAUACCUUAAAGUAUUUCAAUAAUUUACUUGCAAUUUGUAAAUGUUUGAGAAAUGUAAAAUAGUAACUUAACAUUUCCUAGCCAUUUACAAACAUUUGUUAAUGUUUUGUUCAUCAUUAGUUAAUUAAUUACUAAGUGUUAUUAAUGCUUUAUAAGCAGAUAUGAUAAAGCGUUACCAUAUUUCUAGUCUCUACAUACUCCAGAUACCAUCCCAACAGUUAUUUUUAUGUUGUAAGGUGUCUGGGCAUGUUCCAUGGCUAUUGGGAUGAUAUCUGGAGUAUGUUAACACACUUUUAAAAAUGUAAACAAAACCAUGCCAACAUUAAAAUGGCCAGGAUGUCGGGAAAGGAUGAAAAAAAAUCCACAUCGUUGGGUGGACAGGUCAAGGGUAGUAGCAAUUGGCAGGGAUUCUCCUUUUAAAAGCUUGAUUUCACAAAGCUGCUUUAAUAAUUUGUAUAUUUGUCUGGUUUGGAGGGGUGCAGUUAUAUGAAGCAGUUGCUUCUGAAUGUCACCUAUUAACCGUGCAUAGAACACUAUGAUCCCCUUGCCUGUGGAAGAUUUGUAGGGUGUCCAUUUACUCCUGAAAUUAAUGGAUGCAUGCUACAUUAAAUGCAGAGGUGUCAAAAGUCAAAGUAAAAGUACAUUUGCGAUGUAAGUACAACACUAGCCCAUGAUAUUAUACAGCUGUUACACCAUUUACUCCAUUGUACCUAAUGAGGUGGCUAGACUGUGUUGUUGCUGAAAAACACUAAAAACCUAACUAGAACCCUCCACAAAUUUGAUCCAACCAGCGUAAAGGUAGCCGAUCACAAGAGUACACAGGUCUGUUGAUUAUUUAAAUGUGUUAGUUAAAAAAAGAAACACAAUUUCCUUCCAACACAUCUUUCACUUUUACUUUUGACACCUCUGAUGUUUUUAUGACCAUUGGAAGUCAAUGUGAUUAACUGUUUAUGAGAAAUAAGCUUUUUAUUCUAUUCUAUGAACUGUGUUAAUGUCAAUUCAGUGUACUGAGAUUAUCUGUCAGUAGGGUAUGUAAUGGUGUGAAUUAUAUCGCAUUUGGGAAAAUUAUGUUGGUUACAAAUGAGAGAAUGCAGAGGUUGUUAUUGGGCAGCAGGUCGAUUCGUCCAUUCGCGUUUCGGCAGCAGUCGUGUCGUCCACCAUGCAGUUGUUUCGUCCGAUAGAGCAGUCCUUUCGUCCACAGCGAGCAGUCGUUUCGUCCAAGCUAUCCUCUUGAGCAGCAACCUUCUAUCUCCAUCUUCUAUCUCUAUUUUUGCAGUUUUGUACAUUCGUUAUUAUAUACUAAAAUAAACCAGCGCUCAGUCUCAAUGAGUAUAUAGGCCUAUCUCUGAUAAUUAUUUAAUAACCACUUUUGAUGUUGAAAUAUGUAUUUAGAAGAUGGUGAUUUCGAAAUUAAUAAAAUUGUGGAGAUAGUAAAAUAGUAAAAGUGGAGAUGCAAGGCUUCUGCUAAAGUGAUACGUAGGCUUUGUUCCCCGACACACUGAUUCACAUAAUCACAUUGAUAGAAAAAGUGUCACAAAUUUAAAACUUCUAAUUGAUCUUGGAAAUAAUCUUAAUAUUGUUUCGUGUACUUUGUAAUUUCUGCCUAUUUUGUACACGUUUUGUUCAUGAAUUUUGCCCUAAAUAGAAAUAAUUAAUUAUUGCAGUUCGCUGCAUUAGCCUAGUAAUUAUUUCAGUUGCUGCUCUCCCCCGCCACCUGUCAAGUGUUAAUGUUCGUGCCGAAACAAUUUUACAGUGGACUUUCAAUAACCAUCCUGAUGUUAAAAUAACUUUUUGUGUUAUUUAGUUAUGAUAAGUCCACACAAGAAUGAUGGUUUCUGACAUCUCAUUAAAUAAUCCGAGUUUGCUGGCUGGGGAAUUCUGUCAGUGGUAGUGCUGUUUUUUUCUUUCUUUUUAGACUUCAAACUUAGUUUGCUACUGAAUCUUGUUGAGUUGUUACAUGUUUUAUUAAUAACUUUAUCUUGUUUUGUUUUUUGUACAGUUGGGCCGUGUCUCUUGCUGUGUGUUAUUACUGUGUGUUGUCUUAUACUAAUAUCGACUCACAGAGUCAUUUUAAUUUAUGUUGUUAAACUGUUCAAGGAAAUUUCUAUGCUGUCCUGUGAACUUGCAGAGAGGGAUUAAAAGGUUUGUAAAAUUGUUUCUAAUGCUUCUGUUUUAAUGUCUAAAUAAAAAUGAAAUAAGUGCUGAAAAGUUAGUCAUGUUGUGCCAAUGUUUUAACCUAAAGAAUGGCUUUUAAUGCCAAUAAUGUGAACAAACAUUGUUUUAUUCAUUACAGCAUCACUUACUGAAAGUUGAACACUAUAAACACAAUUUUCUUACAUAUCCUGCCUUCAUCCUCCCAACUUUUUAUCCGCUCUGAUCCAAAUCCAAAUUAUAAACCCAUAUUUCCCCCCCUCAAGGCCCAUGUUUCAAGACAAGCCAUGCCCCCCACAUGCACGCAGGGCUGGACUGGGAUCUGAAAAGGGGCCGGGCAAUUUUUGACACCUGAGGGCCCAGUGCCUAUGCCUCUAUCGGUAUAUCAGUAUCGGUAUAUGACAUCGUCUCGGUGUAUACAGUAUAUACACACAAAAACAUGAACACCUAAUAUACAGUAGGGUGCAUUCAGGUAAAUUGGGCCACUUUUCGGCAAAGUCAGACAGACUGAUGAAAUCUGAGAAAGAACAUCAAUACAUUACCCAAACUUAAGUUUGAUUGCAUAAAG